AUGACUUCCGAACGUGGGCUUGUCGAGGGCAAUGGUGAUAAGGCCGUGCCUGAACUCGUGGGUGGUGAGGCAGAGGGGGAUUCAGAGGCAGAGACGCUGAUUCAGUCGCCGGAAAAGCAAAGAACCACCGCCGAUAACGCGUCCGUCGCUGGGUCUGCGAAUGUCACUCAGCCUAAGGCUGAUGACUUGUCGGGCGAAGCAGUGGCGACCGAUGCCGACUUCCAAUCCAGAAAGCGCAAACGCAGUAGUGGCGAUGAACGAGAUGAAACACCCUCUUCUGUCUUCAGUCGUCGCAGCUCACCGUUGUCAUCGCCUCAAGUACGGACGCAUUCAGCAGAUACUGAUUCAGACGUAUCGGGUCAUAUUAUAUCACGGAGAUCGAAGCCCGCAACGGGGAAGGCUGAAGAUAGUACCGCUCGUUUGGAUGAUGUUGAUGAAAACCAGGCUCGAAGACGCCGCCCAAGUGAUAUUUUACCCACAAUAAGCAAGCAUCGGCCAAAGAACAGCGGCGCUGGGGAUCCCGGAUCUUCUGAACGACGUGAGACAAGGUCUGCGACGUACCCUCGACACUCUUCACCUGAGCGUUCUGCUUCACCUCGUCCCCCGGUGAAGAGGGAACACAGGCGCGGCGUGUCAACGCAGUUCACUCUUGGCGAUGUCGAGAGGAAAAAGCGCGGGCGUCCUCCCGCACUUCAAACCAGGAGGAGUGGUUCGGCCGAUCAUCGUGCACUUUCAGUGACUUCGGAAGAUUCGGACUCGCCGCCACGAUUAAGGCCUGCACUGCAUAAAUUUCCAUCAACAGACCAUGACACGAUGUCGCCAGCCAAAGCAGCAGCGGCGGCAGCUGCGGCAGCUCCUGGGCCUCGCAAAUGGCGUGAUAAGAAUGGGCGGACCUUCCUGUCGCGGGCUUGUAACAACAAUGACCUCGCGAUGGCGAAGAUAAAGCUCGCGGAGAGACCUGAAGACUUGAACCAGGCGGACAAUGCAGGAAACACACCGCUCCAAAUCGCGGCCUUGGAGGGUUUUACCGAAAUUGUCAAGUUCUUGUUGGCAAACAAAUGUGAAGUCAACACAAGGAAUAUCGACAAAGAAACACCACUAAUUGACGCCGUCGAAAAUGGUCACGUUCAGGUUGUCAAACUCUUACUCGAACAUGGCGCAAAUCCGCGACUGGGCAACGCUAAGGGCGAUGAACCAUACGAACUUGUGCCACAAGACGAUGAAAAUUAUGAAGAGGUCAGGAGACUUCUCGCUGAGGCGAAAGAGAAGCAAAUCAACCAACAAAGCCCAAAAGAGCAGUUUGAGCCUCUGCGCGAGACGUCCUCCAAACCCACCUCAGCCGCAAGCCCCCGAGAUUCACCACCCAUCCUAGGUCCUAGAAGUCCUCCUGCAUUGACGUCGCGACGGAGAACCGGUCGAAGUGAAUCAACAAGGAACGAUCUUCUCUGGCAAGCAAAUACACAGGAAAACCUGACGCGUCUAGCUGCGAAGGGCGAUGUUCAAGGAGUGGCGAACAUCCUCAAUAUCUUACAAAAGGCGGAAACGGAGUCCUUGAUAGCUGCAGCCAAGGCAGGCCACGAAGAGGUUUUGCAGUAUCUUUUGGGCAUGGGAGAUCCUGAGUCAGAUCCAGAACCGAUUAGACACAUCAAGCCCGGUUACAAUACGCCAAUGCUUGCGGCUAUUGGUCGUGGCCACCCGGAAGUUGUCAAGCUCCUGGUCGAACAGUCAGGCUUCAAUCCAACGAGGAGGCUUCUUAAGGGGAAGACUUACUUUGAGAUCUCGGCGGAACGAAAGGGCGAGCAGUGGCAGAAGGAGUAUGAGAUUCUUAAGGCUGCAUACAACAAGUACGCCGCUAGGAAGACUAGGAAAGCAAGCUCUCCACGGUUGACAAGAGAUUCGGAAAGAGUGAAGUCUAAAGCCUACCGCCGUUCCCAGUCGCCAGUUUCCAGCAAGCUGCGAAAGUCCAGCUCAUCCAGUCCGACUCUAACUCACAAGUCGCUCCCUAACAAAUCGCCGCAAUUCUCAAACAAGGAACGAGACCGCGAGAUUGGCUCUGCAGACAGACUCGACCGACGAAGACACAGCACAACUAGGAAAGAAGCUGCUGAUUUUUCGAUGGCGGUUUCCUCCGAUCAAGACCAAACCGUGUCUACGCCAAGAAAGGCACAUCUUAAAAGAAGGAGUCAGAGUGAUCUCCCUCAGCCUCCAACCUUGGAUUCGGAGAAUGGCCAUCGUCGACGAAGAUUAGUGACUGGAAAAGAGCAUCGACGACGCACGAGCCUCGUGGCAGAAGGAUCUUCAGACGAUGAGAAGGCCAAGAAGCCUGUCAAGGCUGAGGGCAGACCAAGCACAGCGCUCAAACGAACGAGAGACAGCUUGUCUUCCGAAUCUGCGGCGACCGAGGAAGGAGAAAAUGGGCGAAGCACUGUCAAGAAACGCCGAACAGUGGUUGAAAACAGCACCGGGCAAUGGCCUCUUGCUAUGAGAAAGAGCAGUCAAACAUCAAGCCCAACUCGGGAAAGAAAAGUCGCUAACCCUCGCCCUGAAGCGAACAACAUGGAGUUCGAAAAUCCCUUUUCUGGAGAUACUGUAGAAGUUAUGGAAAUCGCCAGCCCUAGCCACCAGAGGAAGAGCUCUGUAACAGCUGGUUCCCAGACGGGUGCUGACAAAUUCAGUGAUCCGGUGAAGUCAGAAACUAUCGAGGUUGACCCAACCGAGGCCGAGCUUAAGGCCCAAAGACAAGAGGAGGUACGCAAGGCAGAAGAAGCACGGCAAGCAGAGGCGGCGCGUAAGGCAGAAGAAGCCAGACAAGCAGAAGCGGCGCGCAAGGCAGAAGAAGCCAAACAAGCAGAAGCGGCGCGCAAGGCAGAAGAAGCCAGACAAGCAGAAGCGGCGCGAAAAGCAGAAGAAGCCAGACAAGCAGAAGUGGCGCGAAAGGCGGAGGAGGCAAGACAAAGAGCGGUAGCACAGCGAUUGGAAGACGAGAGAAUUGCCGCGGAGAGAGCUGCCGAGAAGGCUGCGGAACAACGACGAUUGGCAGAAGAGCAAGAACGAGAACGCCGUAGAAAAGCCGAAGAGGAAGCUGCGGCACUGAGGAAAAAGGAGGAGGAAGAACGUCAAGAACGCAUCAGACGGGAACUAGAGGAGCGUCAACGCCGGCAGGAGGAACAACUCCGUCAGCAACGCCUUGAGAUGGAACGGCGCCGUAGGGAGGCGUUACCCAUUGUGCUCAGCACAGCUGCCCUAAUGAUUGACAACAACGAUCCGACAGUCAGGAGUGAGGCGUGGCUCAAGAAAUUCUUGCCAUUGUUCACCGUCCGAACGGCUCAGCUUGACCAGGAAGCCCCUCCGGCAACUCAGGCUGAGUUGUGGAUACCUAACUUCCAAGUUGCAGGGCUUCUGGUGACAAAGGAUCUUCAUCUUCGCAGGUACACUUCUCUUGAAGUCCUGCCAGUAACCGCGGAGCAACGACAACGCUUGUGGCAAGUUUCGCGUGUUAUGCUUUCCUACGAAUACGAAACAAGUGGUUGGAACACCUCGAUCCAAAAGGCCAUUCAAAGAGAGGAGGAGGAGCGACCUAAGUUCAUGGCUAUGAAAGAACUUUUCUGGGUCAAGCUCUCCGGCUUCGAAGAUCAAAUCCCCCGUCAUCCUCACCUUGCGGGCUUGCGAUUGAGGCAGCAACCGAUCUCUCUGAGAACUCUCCCUCAGCAGAUGCCAAUGCCUACCGAUGAAGGAUCGCCCGUCGCUAAUGGACAGUCAUCACCUUUCUCAAGACCUUCGCCCAAGCUCACGAAUGGCGUCAACAAUUCGCAAGUGUCUCUCGUCACUGGUUACGGCAACGGAUUCACUCGUUAA